CCGACUUAAGUAGCGAUGGUGGGGAAUCGAUGCAUAAGUUCAUCGCGAACACGAUUUCCACGACCCGCGACGCGAGCACUCGCCAUGGGCGACCCGACCAAGACCGAUCCCGCUGGAGCCGAGAAAGGGGUAGGAGAGACGGAAGACGCUCUGGAACUCGUUCUCUUCCACGCCGUCGAGUGCUACGUCUACUUGAUCCCGCCCAGGAAGACCGCGGCUUCUUACAGGGCUGAUGAGUGGAACGUGAACAAAUGGGUGUGGGAGGGAGCAUUGAAGGUUGUUAGCAAAGGGGAAGAGUGCAUUAUCAGAUUGGAAGAUAAGGAAUCAGGAGAAUUAUAUGCUAGAGCAUUCUUGAGAGAGGGAGAACCACAUCCAGUAGAGCCUGUUAUUGACAGUAGCAGAUACUUUGUGCUUCGCAUUGAGGAAAACAUCGGUGGCCGAAAACGUCAUGCUUUCAUUGGCAUAGGAUUUAGGGAAAGACCAGAAGCUUAUGAUUUUCAAGCUGCUCUCCAUGACCAUAUGAAAUAUCUAAACAAAAAGAAAGCUGCAGAGGAGAUGGAGCUACAUUAUCAGACAACAUCAACAGUUGAUUACAGUCUGAAGGAAGGGGAGACUUUGGUGCUUCAAUUGAAAAAUAAAGGACAAAAGGUGAAGUCCGCAAGCAUGGAGCCGGGUCUGAGCAAUCUUUCCUUGGACGAUAAGACAAAAACCAGCGAAGGUUCAAUUCUCCUUAAACCACCCCCUCCGCCUCCGUCUCCGCUAUCUUCCAUCAAUUCCGUUCAAAAAUCACCCUUUAGUUCGCAACCAUCCAAUGCUGAAGAGGUUAAUUUGCAUUCUAAAGAUGAACUUUCACCUGAAGAAUCAUCCACAUUGAGAGAGAGCCCUCAAGACAUUAUAGAUGAUGAUUUCGGAGACUUUCAAGCGGCUGGAUGAUUUCUGUAAACAGUUCUCUUUUUUUUGGCCCUGCUUCUUAUUGUGAUUUGUUUAUGUACUAAGACUGUGUGUAACUAUGAUGCUCAUUACUCGAUAUACAACAUUUUAUCUACUCAA